UGGUCUUGGUGUCCCCGAGUUGUUCAGGGAAGACUGCGGUCGACCGGGAACAGAUGGACGUUUGCGAUGGUUGCAAGACAAGGAGUACGAUCGAGCACAUCUUUACGUACUUGCAAACAGUGGCAUCUUAAGUGAUUAUGAAAGGCGAUUCGAGGAUUAUAUUGUCAAUUCAAGACCGAACAUUGCUAAGGAUGAUGUGUGGAGCAAAUGCGAAGCCGAGUUCCCUAGUUGGUUCAAGACAAAUGUCCUUGGUGCCAUGACAAGUGACGAUGUCACUCGAGCUCUUGCUAUGGGUCCUUCCAGACAAGUGAGAACGUGGAAUCAGUUCUUUGUGAAUGGAUAUAACUUUCAUACACAGGAAUAUGGCAAGAAUAAGUCAACUAUGAACUAUGGUGUAUGUGUACAAGCUGCUGAUAGAGCUGAUUACUUUGGCAUUUUGGAGGAGGUUAUUGAACUGGUGUACCAUGGUAAUUUGGCUGUUUAUAAGACAAUUUUGUUCAAGUGCAAUUGGAUGGACUCGGACAAGGGUAUGAACAUUCAUGAACAGUACAAACUUGUGGAAGUCAAUCACACCAAGAAAUACCCAAAAUAUGAUCCGUUUGUAUUGUCGUACCAAGUUAGCCAAGUAUACUACGCGCCGUAUCCCAGUCUUAGGAGGGAUAAAGUCAAUGUGGGCUGUGGUUAA